AUGCGGGCGGCGCGCGCCUGGCUCGCGCUCGCGUGCGUGGCGGGCGGGCUCGGCGGGUCCCGCGCGCGCGGCUCCAACGACUCCCGGCUGCUGCCGGCGCCGGGGGGCGUCGCGGGGGGCGGCGGGAACCGCUCGUCCCUGUACGCGGUGGACGAGGACGCGCUGGCCGACUGGCGCUUCCUCAUCGGCCAGAAGAAGUACGGCGCCGAGUCGCAGGACCCCACGGCCAGAGCGCUGCUCAUAGCCGCCUACUCCUUCAUCAUCGUCAUCUCGCUCUUCGGCAACGUGCUCGUGUGCCACGUCGUCAUGAAGAACAAGAGGAUGCACUCGGCCACGAGCCUCUUCAUCGCGAACCUGGCGGUGGCCGACAUCCUCAUCACGCUGCUCAACACGCCCUUCACGCUCGUGCGCUUCGUCAACAGCACAUGGGUGUUCGGCAGGAGCAUGUGUCACAUCAGCAGGUUCGUGCAGUACUGCUCCCUGCACGUGUCCACGCUGACCCUGACGGCCAUCGCGCUGGACAGACGGCAGAUCAUCUUACACCCGUUAAAACCCCGCAUGUCCACAGCCCGUGGGGUGAUCUGGAUCGCUGUGAUUUGGGUCAUGGCCACCUGCUUCUCACUGCCCCACGCCGUCUAUCAGAAGCUCUUCACCUUCGUCUACAGCAAGGACAUCCUACGGAGUCUGUGCGUGCCCAACUUCCCAGAGCCGUCCGACGUGUACUGGAAGUACAUCGACCUGGCCACCUUCGUGCUGCUCUACGUGCUGCCCCUCCUCAUCAUCACGGUGGCCUACACUGCGGUGGCCAAGCGGCUGUGGCGGCGCAACGCCAUCGGCGACAUCACCACCGAGCAGUACUUCGCCCACCGCAAGAAGAAGAAGAAGACCAUCAAGAUGCUCAUGGCGGUGGUGGCCGUCUUCGCCGUGUGCUGGUUCCCGCUCAACUGUUACGUGGUGCUGCUGUCCAGCCAAGCGAUCCGCAGCAGCAACGCCCUCUACUUCUCCUUCCACUGGUUCGCCAUGAGCAGCACCUGCUACAACCCCUUCAUCUACUGCUGGCUCAACGAGAACUUCCGGGCCGAGCUCAAGUACCUGAUGGGCAUGUGCCGGAGACGGCCGGGCGCCGCCCCGGCGGGACCGCCUCUGUCCGGGGAAGGCUGCCGCCGCACCGCCUGGCCCGAGAGCCACGCGUCCACGCAGCUGCGCCCCAAGGACAGCCACGCCCUGCGCUUCGCCUCCCAGAACCAGUCCGGCAAGACGGACAUUCUCUCGGUGGAGCCCAUCGUGGCGGUCAGCUGA